AUGGACUACGCUGAAUUGCACUGUCAUACUGUUUUUCUGUCCCAUCGGUUGAUAAAAGCCGGUGUCACUACCGAUGAACUAAUUGGCAUCGUGACUGAAGCCGGCUUUGAGCAUAUCGUUGCUCAGGCCGCAAUCAUUUACGCCGGAUGCACCAUUUCUAAUGCCGACCCCAUGCUUCCUGAGACUCAGGUGCGGCAUCAUUUGCCCGGCGCCCAGAUUGUCCUGGCGGACAAGAAGCACCUCGGCUGUCUUGAUGGUUACAAAAUGAUGCCAAUCCAUACUAACUCUCUGACCGAAGAGGAGCUACAGAUAGGUCUGCAAUGUCCUCCACCUCGCACGACCAGAAAAGACCACCGCACUCAUUUAAUGCACACAGCAGGGUCUACUGGCAAACCCAAGGCGGUUCCGAUCCAGGCCAAAGGACUCAUUCAUCUUGUCAGUGAUGACCGUGCUGUUCCAAUUACCCCCCAAGACCGUGUGGCCCAGUUGAGCAUGGUCAGUUUCGAUAUGUCCAUGUUUGAGAUCUGGGUGACUUUGCCUAGCGGCGCCACCAUUCUCCCUCUGCCCUGGAGCCUCCUGAAGGACAUAUUUGAGCUGGCACGAUGA